AUGGCAGACGAAAGAAACUUCAGGUCGCACUUUUAUGAAAAAAUGGGUUUUAGGGGAGUCGAGGAAAACAAAGUAAUUGAAAAUCUUCUCAAGGAGCAGCCAUAUGAGCUUAAGAAGCUGUCUCAAUUCUGCCUGAAGUUCCCUGUUCCUGCGAUUUACAGACUUCUCGUUUGGAAAGUACUUCUAGGCAUCCUGCCGCCAUACCAAGAGAGCCACGAGUUUGUCAUGACCAUGAGAACAGAUCAGUUCAAUGAUCUGAUGCAUUCUCUGAAAGUCAUGGGGAAAGUGGACGACAGGACCCCCCUGCCCCUGGUCUUCCUGAAGAUGUACCACAUGGAGGAAGGAACGCUUUUGUUUGAUGAGAAUAGGCUGGUCAUGCAGCCAGAAGGUCAAAGCUUCAUGGCAGUUGCUGCAGCAGUCCUGGAAAUGGUGGAGAGUCACAUUGAUGCAUACUGGAUUUCUACAAAAUUUUAUAAAUUGCAAGAGAAAUGGAAAGAUAUCAUGCAUGUUUUGUCUGAAAGGACAGAGCAUUAUCUUAAAAAGGAGGACCCAGAUGGGAAAUUAUACACCAAGGUUCUCAACUUGAACAUAUUUGGUGCUAUACCUCUGAGUAGGUGGUUCUCUUCCAGUUUUGCUGGAGUGUUGCCAGAAACAUCUUUUGAAAGAAUCUGGGACAAAAUAAUAGGAGGCUCUUGCACAGUGCUUGUCUUUGUGGCUGUGGCAAUCAUUCUUACACUGAGGAGGCCAAUAUUGACGUUAAGGACAGAUGCUGAGAUUGUGCAAUAUCUUAAAAAUAUUCCAGCAGACAGUGCAGACAUCAUUGUGGCUAAGGCCGUGGAGUUGUGGCGGAGUCAUGGAAGCUUGCUCUUUCCCAGUGGCAUAAAAGCAGACUCUCCAGUCAUAAUAGAAAAAGUGCCAAGCUGAGAGGGAGGACCGUCUUAUGUACAAACUUUACUUUAUAAAACAAAAAUUUGGAAGAUUGAGAGGCUUUUUCCCCCUCAUUAAGCCUUUUCUGUUUUCAUCCCAGCCAUUUUCACGUGGAGUGGUAGAGUUUUCUGUUUCGCACAGGAUUGAGUGAUUGACAUACAUGACUAUGAAUGCAGUGCCAGCACUCAUCAGUGAGUCUAGUAAAUUUUGAUUGGUAUAGUGAUUGGUACAAUGGGGAUGGUGACAGGGAUGAAAAAUAUUUAUGGCAUAAUGACAUGUUAAGACCAGUCAAGCUAAUGCAGUACAGAAAACUGCACUGCUUGAUGUGAUAACAGCCAGACGUUACUGUGAUGGAGGUCAGAGGACAAUCAUGGCAUAAUCUGUCAGGACAAGACCCAAGUCCUGCACCAUGUGCUUUUAAGACUUGUGCCCUGGGUGGGUGACUAUUGCCCAGCUGGAUCACCUUCUUAUAACAUGGUUAACAAGGAUCCAGCUUGUGAAAAUGUUUGUCAUUUGUGCUUCGUAAGGAAUUUUAUUUUCCUUCAGCACUCAAAUUUCAUUUGGUCUACACCAAUUUUGAUUAAAAAUCUGCUGGCAGAUGUAAAAUCAGGGAAUGUAUAAAUUCAAAAUAUGAACUCUUCCUUUGUGUAGCAUAUAUUAUUGUA